AUCUGAUCAGGCUCGUGGAAAUCCUCUAAAGUAGAGGUGGACAAGGAUGAUGAGACCCGACUAUGGACCGAUGGGAUCCGAGUGGAGAUGUGGGGGAGAACUGGUCUCCCAUUCCUCUGCAUAGUGGGAGCACUAUCACAGACCACGUGAGAGGAAUAACCAGACGGUCCCCCACAGACAGACACCGGCUCAUCUCCUCUGCUGCUGCUGACAUGGACUUCCCGUAAUCAGUCGUGGAGGGAGGGACACUCUGACUGAAUAGUGGAUGCUAUGGCUUGGCCGUGCAUCAGCAGAGUAUGCUGCCUGGCUCGCUUCUGGAAUCAGUUGGAUAAAUCGGACCUCUCUGUCCCACUCACCAUCCAGAACUACUCUGACAUUUCGGAGCACGAGGUCCGCUCCGUCACCAAGCAGAUCUCCGACUUCGACAGUACUUACACCCCCCAGGAGCCGCGUGUGAAAGGGUCCCCUCAGGAGCCCGCAAGUUCUACCCGAGGACCCUCCCGGGCACGGAAGGAGCCCAGCUACAAGCCCAGAGAGGACUACCACCCGCCCGGGGUGCCGUUCCCCAGUGUCACCCAGUAUAAGCAGGAUUUCAAACCCUGGCCCAUUCCCAGGAAGGAUAAUUUCCCCUGGAUCAGUAACGGGGGCAACAGAGGGGAUGGUGCUUCUGACGGCACCGUAAACAGUAACCAGGGCCACGUGCAGGUGGGGGACAGGAGAGGGGACAGGCUGGAGCAGCAGGUGAUGGAGGAGAGCAGAACCAGCUCCUACAGGCAAGAAUACAAGCCAUGGACAGGGGUGAAACCAGCCAGAAGUGCAAGGAGAAAUCCAGCCACUCAAUACUCCAGCCCAGGGACAGAGGCCACCCAUAUCCCAUGUGAGACCAGCUACCAGGCAGCCUACAGCGGAGAGGUCAGCCGGUCCAUGAGCAGGCACAAGGCUGAGCUCAUCCCCCCAUCUGCUACCUCCAUCAUCCAGCCUCCCUCCAUCACUCAGCACAGCUCAGCUGCCCCGCGGGUCGGCAGGUCCUUGAACCCCCAAGGCCUUCAGCAAAGCAUCCUACCUGACAGCACAGAGCACAGUGGAAUAACCAAGAGAGAGGAGCAUCUGGUGAGGACCAAACUGCCCCCGAACCCUUCUGCGGUCUUUCAAAGUGGAUCAAGGGUCUUCAACAUCUGACAGCUGCUUCGACUCUCCUCCAACUCCACUUUGUUCACAUUAAGGAAUCCAGACGGGAAUGUUUCAAGCCCAUUCCACAACACAAGAAUCUAUGCAAGGGAAUGUUGUUGUUGUGAACGCUGUUGAGCAGCAGCUUAUUAUCCCAGGUGGAGAUUUGAACCACAUCUUUUGAUACUACUCUAGACUUCCUGCUCCUAUAAAUGAAACGCAUGUCACAGAAUAGCUUAGAUACACUUUUCCUUUUUGUGUUUGUUUUAUUUCGGUUAUAUACACAGAAACUGGCUGCUCUGUAUGUUUGUGUUUGUGUGCCUGCUCUCUUAUCUUCAACGCACAAACUGUUGAAUCUGCAACAAUAAUCCAAGACAUGAUUUGUCAGAAAGUGUGUUUGCUUGUAAUGCUAUGCUGCGCUUUGGUGUCAUUAGAAAUCUGCCUGAAAACAAUUUAUUACCUUUACAUUCAGUUCACCUUUAAAGAAGAUAUUGUUUAGUCCAUUUUGGGAUAAUACCUAAAAAAG